CCAAUUGUUAACUAUUUACCCCAUACCACAAAUGAUACUUUUUUCACUUGCAUUAUCUUUUGUUUUCUUUCGUUGUUUAUGUCAAUGUAUUACGUAGCAAGCUUAGUCGAAAUAUCACACGUUAUUGGUUGAAAGUUAUGUGAUUUUUACGAUUGCCAUAGUAUUUGAGAUUUGGUAAAGAAGCUGUAUAAUCACUAUACUACUAAACAAAACAAAAAAAACUAGAUUUGCAUAUCGAAAUCGCCAGUUACCAUUUUCACCAAUGAUAUCGUAAGGUGUUCGUGUUUUUUUAAUUGGCAAAAUAAGAAAAAACUAGUAUUAAUUUUGACCAUUGAUUUUGACUUUGAAGGAAAGCAUUCUUUUUCCUUUUAUGAUGCAUAAAUUUGUCUUGAGUACUUCCCUUGUAGAUUUUUCUUAUUUGCCUAGCGCUUGUUUGUUUGAUGAUGCGCACAAUAUCUUUUUUCCAAAUUUUUGGUUUUUUCUUUAACAGCUUUACACAAGUUUGAACCUUCAGAAACCAUUUUUGCUCAAUCUCAUAGACAGAGAGAGACAAUUUACUUAGCUAGGUUCUAAUAGCUCACUGUAGAGUUGGGUUUUGACUAGCAGAGGAAAUUUUUGGUGAAGUGUGUGGUCUCGAAGGAAAAGCUCUUUAUACAGAUCCGAACAAGUUUGCAUUUUUGUCAUCUAAUCAGAUAAUCUCGCUUAUCUGGAAUUUGCAUUAUUGGUGAUCUGGGUUUUAUCUGUUUAGUGUUGAAGCCUGUUGUCCGAGUAUUUAGGGUUCAAAUUAUAGUACAGUGUUGAGUGAUGUGUGGUUUUUAGUUGGUGCUUGGAGGUUACUGUCAUACUCAAGUCUGGGAAUUUUUGUUUCUUUUUUGUUUAAUAAUUUCUCUUAGUAAAGUAAGUGACGGUGUUUGUUCAAUUUCAGUUUUUGAUCAGAAGAGUGUUGGUGAAGAAGAUGUUAGAAUCUGGUCUUGGGAUUUAGAUGACUACACCUGCACAGGCUCCUAGGGAGGAGGUGUCACUGUCUCCAUCAUUGGCGUCCCCUCCACUAAUGGCGUUGCCUCCACCGCAGCCUUCGUUUCCCGGUGAUAAUGCCACUUCCCCAACUAGAGAGCCCACUAAUGGCAAUCCACCAGAGACCACAAACACCCCAGCUCAGUCUUCUCCUCCUCCUGAGACUCCACUAUCAUCACCACCACCAGAACCUUCUCCCCCAUCACCUUCACUAACUGGACCUCCUCCGACGACGAUUCCAGUAUCUCCUCCACCAGAACCUUCUCCCCCACCACCUUUACCAACUGAAGCUCCUCCUCCAGCGAAUCCAGUAUCAUCACCUCCACCAGAAUCUUCUCCCCCGCCACCUCCACCAACUGAAGCUCCUCCUACUACUCCUAUUACAUCACCCAGCCCGCCAACAAAUCCACCACCACCACCGGAAAGCCCUCCUUCACUACCUGCACCAGACCCUCCAAGCAAUCCACUUCCACCACCUAAGUUAGUCCCACCAUCACAUUCACCUCCACGUCAUUUACCUUCCCCGCCAGCCUCAGAAAUUCCUCCUCCUCCACGUCAUUUACCUUCCCCACCAGCCUCAGAACGUCCUUCAACUCCUCCAUCAGAUUCAGAACAUCCUUCUCCUCCUCCUCCAGGGCAUCCAAAACGUCGUGAGCAACCUCCUCCACCGGGUUCUAAACGUCCUACUCCAUCACCUCCUUCUCCAAGUGACUCAAAACGUCCUGUGCAUCCUUCACCUCCUUCUCCACCAGAGGAAACUCUCCCACCUCCCAAGCCAAGUCCAGAUCCCUUACCUUCUAAUUCGUCUUCACCACCAACAUUGCUUCCACCAUCGUCAGUUGUAUCCCCGCCUUCGCCUCCUCGAAAAUCUGUGUCAGGUCCUGAUAAUCCAUCUCCAAACAACCCCACUCCUGUGACAGAUAAUUCCAGCAGUUCUGGUAUUAGUAUAGCGGCUGUUGUGGGUGUAAGUAUUGGAGUGGCCCUUGUGCUGCUUACUCUCAUUGGAGUUGUUGUCUGUUGCUUAAAGAAACGGAAAAAGAGGCUCUCAACCAUUGGUGGUGGCUAUGUUAUGCCAACACCUAUGGAAUCCUCCUCCCCAAGAUCAGAUUCAGCGCUUCUGAAGACGCAGUCAUCCGCACCUCUAGUGGGAAAUCGUUCUAGCAAUCGUACAUACUUAUCACAAUCAGAGCCUGGUGGUUUUGGUCAAUCGAGGGAACUGUUCUCAUAUGAAGAACUUGUCAUAGCAACAAAUGGAUUCUCUGAUGAAAAUCUCUUGGGUGAAGGUGGAUUUGGUCGUGUGUAUAAAGGAGUUUUACCAGAUGAAAGAGUGGUUGCUGUGAAACAAUUAAAAAUAGGUGGAGGACAAGGUGACCGAGAGUUCAAAGCCGAGGUUGAUACCAUAAGCAGGGUACAUCACCGGAAUUUGCUUUCUAUGGUUGGAUACUGCAUUUCCGAGAACCGGAGAUUGCUUAUUUAUGAUUAUGUCCCUAACAACAACCUUUACUUCCAUCUUCACGCCGCAGGAACUCCGGGUCUAGACUGGGCAACACGUGUUAAAAUUGCUGCUGGUGCGGCUCGUGGACUAGCUUAUCUCCAUGAAGAUUGUCACCCUCGUAUCAUACAUAGGGACAUCAAAUCAUCCAACAUUCUCUUAGAAAAUAACUUCCAUGCCCUGGUUUCUGACUUCGGCCUUGCAAAGCUAGCUCUCGACUGUAACACACAUAUUACAACUCGGGUCAUGGGAACAUUCGGCUACAUGGCUCCGGAAUAUGCAUCAAGUGGCAAAUUAACCGAGAAAUCAGACGUAUUCUCCUUUGGGGUUGUUCUACUGGAGUUAAUCACUGGACGUAAGCCUGUGGAUGCAUCCCAACCUCUGGGAGAUGAGAGCCUUGUUGAAUGGGCUCGUCCUUUGCUUAGUAAUGCCACUGAAACCGAAGAGUUUACAGCUUUAGCAGAUCCCAAGCUAGGUAGAAACUAUGUUGGUGUUGAAAUGUUUAGAAUGAUUGAAGCAGCGGCAGCUUGUAUUCGCCAUUCAGCUACAAAGAGACCCCGAAUGAGUCAAAUUGUGAGAGCUUUCGACAGUCUAGCUGAGGAAGACCUCACCAAUGGAAUGAGACUAGGCGAAAGCGAAAUAAUCAACUCAGCUCAACAGUCUGCAGAAAUCAGAUUGUUUAGAAGAAUGGCUUUUGGCAGCCAAAACUACAGUACAGAUUCUUUAACUCGUAAUAGUUAUAUAAGCAAAGAUGAAAACUUGUAAAUAUGAGAAACAAAACACAUUGCAGAAUGAUUUUUCUGAGGAAGAGAUCUCAAAGCAGAACCUUUCUUGAUUAACUUCAAAUUGGGAUCCUCAGUUUCCUCUCUGCCGAUACUAUUGCAGAAACAGCGGGUUUUGGAAUAUUAUGUGGAUGAACAUAUUUGC